GUAGUCCCUGCCUCCUUCCUGAGGGAAGCAUCAACCUACGACCCAACAGAACACUGAGCGUCUUGUACAAACUUGCCCCCUCGGAGGGAAAGCUCUUAGCACACCUAGAUGCCAAAUAACUGACCAUGAGCCAGGCUAUCAGAGCCGUAGGCACUAUGAACGACAAGUACCACCGGGCAGCCCGGGAUGGCUACCUGGACCUACUCAGAGAGGCCACUCGGAAGCAGCUCAACGCGCCCGAUGAAGACGGAAUGACACCGACGUUAUGGGCUGCGUACCACGGCAACCUUGAUGCGCUCCGACUCGUUGUGGGAAGAGGAGGUGACCCUGACAAGUGUGAUAUUUGGGGCAACACUCCGCUCCAUCUGGCCGCCGCCAACGGCCACCACAGCUGCCUGUCCUUCCUGGUAUCGUUCGGUGCCAAUGUGUGGUGCCUGGACAACGACUACCACACGCCCCUCGACAUGGCCGCCACCAAGAGCCACAUGGACUGUGUCCGAUACCUGGACUCCAUCGUCGCCAAGCAGUCUGUCCUCAACCCCAAGCUGGUGGAGAAGCUGAAAGACAGAUCAUUCCGCGCGGCAGAAAGGAGGAUCAAGGACUGUGUGAAGAUGCAGCAGAAACACCACCAGAGGCUGGAGAGAAAGUUCCUGAAGGAGAGCGUCAGGUCGGAUAACUCAGACGCCAUGAGUUUCUCUAGUUAUAACAGCAGCAGCACGCUAAGCCGCAAUCUUCCUCAGUUCAACACUGCCACUUCCAACAUGCCAUACUCACAGGCCACUGUACACUCCACAGCCAAGGGGAGGACCAAGAUUCACAAGAAGCUAGAGAAGAAGAAACAGGUGGACGGCACCUUUAAGAUCUACGAGGAUGGGAGGAAGAGUGUUCGCUCGCUGUCUGGCCUUCAGCUUGGACAGGACGUCAUGUUCCUAAAGCAGGUGGAACAAGUAGCUCCUGGCACUUACGCCAACUCUAAGGACCACUCGCGCCUCAACAUCCGGGACAUGUUCCCUCACCACGGCAACAACCGCGAUCACCAUGACAACGACCACUACGAUGACGAUGAACGUGCCGACACCAUCUUCCACCUCUCCCGUGCCAUCAGCGACCCGGUUCUCCACGAGGCCGCCUACUCCGAAAUCAGCACUGACUCGGGCCGUGACUCCCUUUUCACCCGGCCCGGUCUUGGAACCAUGGUGUUCCGACGGAACUACGUCUCCGAUGGCCUCUUCGCCAUUGGAGCCCGGGACGAGGGUUCCGUGGCUGGCUCCGAGCCGGUGGGCCGUGCCCCUAACGUCCGCCUCCGUGGCCGUCUCCCCCGGCGCCAGCCCAGCCUGGAUGAUGCAACAAAGAUAGACAGCAUCAUGAGCGCCCUGAGCCUCCAGGAGAGGAACCUACAGGAGCUGCCCUGGGAGGAGGCUGACGUGGGCCUGGAUGAGGAGCUGCCCUGGGAGGAGGCUGACGUGGGCCUGGACGAGGAGCUGGAGCCUGAGAGUGGUCGCCUGGAGACGUUUCUUGCCUCCCAGAGCCUGGGGGAGUUCAUGCCCAUUUUCAGGAGGGAGAAGAUUGACCUCCAAGCUCUGUUGCUCUGCUCAGACCAGGACCUGACCUCCAUACAUAUCCCACUGGGACCCAGGAAGAAGCUGCUAAAGGCUUGUAAGAGACGGCUGGACACCCUGGAGGAACCAGAGGGCAUCGAGGACACUGAGCUCUGA